GCUAAAAGUACAAAAAUCAAUGAACAUAGAUGAACAGCUGUUUUAUUUGCUAUAGCCAGUUAUAUUACAACGAUAGAUGUUCUUGAUAUGCUGUGAGGCCUAGGAAUUGAUCAGCAUCUCAUUUAUGCUUCAACUGGAUAGAACUGGUUUUAACAAAGUGCAGUAAAAUCAUUAUAUAGGAAAUACCUCAUUCUCAUGCACUAUUCAGUUUGCCAGAAAGACAUACAAAAGACAUAGCCAAUAUAACUUGGAGAGGAAGUUUGUUUUGAUUUGUUUAUAAACUCACAACCUAAUACUAAUACAGUCAGAGCUGUCAAGUAGGGGAACAAACCCUUGAUUUACAAUAAGAAACCCCAUUCAACAUCCAGGGCCUUAUUGUGUAUACUGCACCAAUACAACAUUACCAUGACAACAUAGCUAUUGCAUCAUUUAGAGAACACCAAUCAAAUGAUGAUGUUCAACAACAAGAGACUCACAUUUACAGGAAAGGAGGAACAAGAAGUGUGAUGAUGUGAAAACACAUAACUAAACAAUCUUAACAUUAAACUGAAAAUAAUCACCGAAAAGAAGAUGACAAUCACAUACACAAAUAAAGUUCCUGAUGCAAGACUAUGUGGCUUCCCCAGGCUGUUGCUGCAUUGGAAGGGGAGCAUAUACAAGCUCAUGUACAAAGAGAUGAUGUUAUUUGUGGGCCUUUAUACAACAUUCAGUCUAAUCUAUAGAUUGGCUCUACCUGAACAUCAUAAAAGAUCCUUUGAGAAGGUUGUGAUCUACUGUAAGGGAUUUGCUGAUUUGAUCCCGAUCUCAUUUGUGCUUGGAUUCUAUGUGUCCAUUGUCGUAACAAGAUGGUGGAACCAGUACAUGAACAUCCCUUGGCCUGACAGGCUCAUGAUCAACAUUGGUACAAUGGUGCAUGGGUGUGAUGAAACAGGUCGUAUAAUACGGCGCACCCUUGUCCGAUAUCUCCACAUGUCACUGGUGAUGAUCAUGCAGAGUGUCAGCACCACUGUCAAGAAACGCUUCCCAACUGUGGACCAUCUCGUCGCUGCUGGUAGGUUUCGGAACAGUUUGAGAGGGGGGAGGUUAAUAUGUUCAGUUCCCAAUAUGUUUUUUAUUGUGUAA